AGAUUAGUAUAAGAUCGCAUACAUGAUUCUCCUCGACACUUGGAGUAACCUUAGUGGUUCAGUUAUGUGUAUCACCUUAAAAUAAUCAAGCACCAUCAAUUUUUUUUUACUUUAAUUGUGCUUUUAAAGAAAAUAUUAAUUAAGGAAGUUAAAUAAUAACAAUACCUAUAAUUAAUAUCGUUGCAAUAACUCCUAAAUCAUAUAACGUGGCGACUUGAUUUAAGUUCGAAAUAGCUUUAGCAUAUAAGGAUUAUUCUAUUGGAUUUGAUGCUCGGUUAGACCAUGUUACCUUAUGCCUAAACAUUAUAUCUUUAAUCCUGCAUGAUUACUGAUAAUGUUUAAUUAAUAGCCUGUAAUAUCCUUGUUGGUGUUCACAAAAAAUGAUGAAGUUUGGUGACUAAGUAUAACAUUAAAACCACUAAAAGUAGGGUUAACAAUCCGACCUAUGGUCUAGUUUUCAUUUGAUUAACUGAUGGUUUAGUGCUUGGCUCAACUUUGGUUUGGUUCGAUUUAGAUUAUAUCCCUAAUUUAAAUCCAAAACAAUGUACCAACAAGAAAGGGCAGUUUAGUAACUCUUGGAUGAUGAUGUCUUUGGAAUUGAGAUGAUAAAGACUUGAAUGGAUUGGACGGACGAAAGGAUAUAUACGAGUCUUGUGAAAACGACCUGUGAAAAGAGGUAAAGAGAGCACCCAAGUUCUACAUAGUUGCAAGUUCUAACCCUUGUUUUCUUUACCUUUGUAUUAUUCCUUUUUUCCUUCUAUGCCUACAUUUAUAAUUCCUUUUUAUUUUUGGAUAACAUUUGCUGAAUAGAUUAGUUAUUCUUAUUACUAAUUAAGAGUUUGUAGAGCUAUUUUGGAAUAUGAGAUUGAAAAGUGUAUAUAUUGUAAAUUUCCAUAGAAUAUUGCUUUUAGAUGUGACCUUAUAAUUUUGAUUCGAGAAAGAACAUUACUCUAGAAAUUAAAAAGAUCUUUUUCUCGUCACUAGUUUCUAUCUCUAUAGAAAACAAACAAAUUAAGUGGUGGAGCCAAGGACGUAGAGUUAGUGGGUGCAUAUAUAUAUAAAUACUGAAAUGGGCAGAGAGAAAACAUAACACAACAUAACGCAAAGCCAAAACAGAGGAACACUUAGGUUUCAUAAGAUAAAGAGACCUAAAGAGAUCUAAGACAGUACUUCUCUUUUUAGCUUAAGGAGAAAAAUAAAAAAUAAAAAAUAAAGGAUGAGUUUGUGGGGAGUGAUGGGAGCAGGAUGGGGAAUAGUAGAAGAAGGUUGGAGAAAAGGGCCUUGGACUGCUGAAGAAGACCGUCUUUUGAUCGAUUAUGUGCGGCUUCACGGUGAAGGCCGAUGGAACUCUGUUGCAAGGCUCGCAGGGUUGAAGAGAAAUGGCAAAAGCUGUAGGUUAAGAUGGGUUAAUUACUUGAGACCAGACCUGAAGAGAGGACAAAUCACUCCUCAUGAAGAAACAAUUAUCCUUGAGUUACAUGCUAAGUGGGGCAACAGGUGGUCAACAAUCGCUCGUAGUUUACCGGGAAGAACAGACAACGAGAUCAAGAACUAUUGGAGAACCCAUUUCAAGAAGAAGACAAAAUCUCCAACUAACAAUGCGGAGAAGACGAAAAACAGAAUCUUCAAGAGGCAACAGUUUCAGCAGCAAAGACAGAUGGAGUAUCAGCAAGAACAACAGUUGCUUCAAUUAAACCAAAUCGACAUGAAAAAGAUCAUGUCUUUCCUAGAAGAUGAAAACAACCACAACAAUGGUGAUAGUAACUUCAGUACUAGUAGUAGCGGUAGUAGUGGUGAAGGCGGUGCGUUCUAUGUUCCUCAUCCGAUCACACAUUCAUCAACAAGCUCUGGUUAUGAAUCAAAUGGUAAUGGGUUUUUCCCAGUGGUUUCAGUGCCAUUGCCUGAGGCUAAUGUACAUGAAGUAUACGGGAUUUGGGAUGGUUUGUGGAAUCUGGAUUUGGAAGGACAAGGAAGCUUUAAUGAUGGUGCUUGCGUCCCAAGGAAACCCUGUUUCCAGAACUUGGGCGUACCCUUUUGUUAACUUGACUUCAAAGUGUCUUUUACCUACCGGAAACCAAAAAUAUGAAACUUGACUGACAAGUUCGGUUAAGUUUGAGUUUGGUUUUGUUUUUAUCUUUUCUGAUUUUGGGUUUACUAUUAGUAGUUUUGUUAUCAAUUGUGUGUGAUGUUAUAAGAAGCUUAUUUGGGCAAAGCCAAGUUAACGAGUGAUGUAGUAGAACGUCUAUGGAAGAAUAGUCUUAUCAAGUUGAUCAAAUAAAGUAUUGUAGUAACUUGCAAA